UUCGGUCACUGAAUUGCAUAAGUCUGUAUCUCACAAACUCGACGAUACGGUAACUUUGAAGUUAAGACGACUGUGGUAUUUGGUCACACAGGAAUUGCUGUUGACAUACGAAAUACAAGUGUUUUAUUACAUUAUCAGUAUACGAACAGUGUCUAAGUUAGCUAUUAAAAACCCCGUCGUCAGUUCGUAUAAUAAUAUUUCCGAGAAGAGCGAAGUGUCGGAAUUCCACUAUGUUACUCAAGGUUUGUCGAUGGCGAUUUAUGCUUCGUUCUAUGACUGUUCUUAUUGUUGUAAUAAUUCUGUUCGGAACGAUAUACCUUACUCACCUAUCUGAGCGGCAAAUAGAGAUGCAUGAACCAUCAAGUGACGAUGACUAUAAGAUCAAAGAGUUUCAUCAUGGAAAUUUAGUUAUAAUCAACAUAAUCAACAAGACUAGGGACAAGGAAGUGAUAAAUCGUUUGAACAUUCAGUUAGAUAAUGAUGUAUGGAUUCCCGAUGAUGGAUAUAAUAUCACUGGUUGGCCACAAGAUACUGAUGUAGCUGGAAAUAAUAUCACCGGUUGGCCACGUGAUAUUGUUCCCAAUAUUGUGCACUAUGUACUGUUCGGUCAACGGAAAAUAUCAUACGUUCACAUGCUGUCCAUAUUUUCUGUGGUGCGGAUUCAAAAACCGGAAGUGAUUUUUAUUCAUUGCGACUGUCAUAAAAUGGACGACGAUGAUGAAAAUUGGCAUCGCAUAUUGAAUUUUGUGAAUGCCACCAAUCGUUAUGUGAUUCACAUUAAUGAAGUUAUGAUACCCACGGAGAUUUAUGGGAAAAAAAUCGGGCCAUACCCCAACUUUCAUGGCGGUGACAUAACACGAUUUAGAACACUAAGGAAAUUCGGUGGAAUUUAUCUUGACAAUGAUGUGUUUGUUUGCCAGUCAUUGAAUGGGUUCCGAAAAUUUGAAUUUACGUUAGGUUGGGAGGUGGGCGAGUUCUUGGGGAAUCAAGUUAUGAUUGGUAACCGAAAUGCCAGAUUUUUGAAAUUCACAUUGGACUCGUACCGAGAAUAUUAUCCUGACGAGUGGUAUUACAACGCCGGCGAACUGCCAACCAUCGCCAUCCUAAACAAAUAUCCUCAACUAAUUCAUCGCGUGAAAAGGAAAUUCGGAUACGAUGCAUCGGUUACGUGUCCAUAUUUCUACAAGGAGUACCAUUCUGACUGGCAAAGUGAGUUUUAUGCAUUCCACAUGAUUGCACGGGGAAAUGAGAUCAGUUGGAAGGGGAGCCAUGUUUCGGGAAAGAAAAUCAUUUUAUGAGAAACGCGGUGUUCAACGACGAAUUGAUGCAACAUUUGAAUACAACAUUCGGCGAAAUGGCAAGAUUUGUUUUGUAUGGAUCGAAAAAGUUGAUUUAAUAAAAAGAGCUCUGUGCAAUGA